UAGUAUAAACAAAGCAUUGAUUCUGACAUAAACUUGGCAAACAUUAAACUGUUGAAUCAAUUGAAUAUGUCGUUAUGUUUUAUUUUACGAUGCGAUGUAAUUUUUACCCAAAGUAUAAGGUAAUUACGUAUCACGACAAUAUUACCUGCGUUGUAUCUAGUGGUUGCGCAAUGAUUCCUCUGUGGUUUGGUAACUCAGGUUGAUUUAUUUAAUGUAUAUUAUUGACUAACAAACUCCUUUACAAUGUUUUGCGAACUCAAAUCAAAUGUAUUUUAUAUUAUCCGAGUAGUGAUUUUCUAAUUAAUUUAAUUUCAAUUUCAUUCAGUUGUCAUAUGAGCCGCGUAAAUAAAACAUUUAUGCUUGGAUGUUUGUAGUAAUGUUCUUUUAUUUUCCGAGACUCAUAGCGGGAUGUGUUAUGUGAGCUUUAUUGUUGGUAUGAUUCUUAUUCUAUGGUUGCUAAACAGUUUUACUGAAUUACAGCCUAUCAUGUGAGAUGUGUGUCUUGUGUCAUGUGUGUGAAGUAUAAAUUGUGCAUAAUUUCGUUUAUUAAAUUAGAAUUCUGCAUUAAUUCAUUCAAUGUUUGAAAUAUUUGCAUGGUAUUAUGGGUGCAACAAGCAAUGGGUUUGUUACAAAAAAUUGAUGCGAGUAAAGCAGUUUUCUUUCUAAUUUGUAUCAAGAUUUUAUAUCUCCAUCCAGAUAAUAAAAACAGUUACCAGGCACUAGGUUGACUCAUGUGCCGGCAAUAUGUGUUCAUUAAAAGUGUGGGUUUUGUUGUUUUGUUUUAUGUUUAUCAAUGUUCUGUAGUAACCUCCUAAUUAUUGUGCAGGCCUCCAAACUUUUGACCGUUAGAUUUCAAACGAUGAAUACGAAGGAAAGGAUGGAUUUUAUAGGUUCAUAAAUCUAGUCAUUUAUUGCUUUUUCAAAAAGGGCACAAACGGCAUAAUAAUCUAAAGCCUCCCGUCCAAAUGUAAAUUUAAGCAUAUUCAUUACAAUUUUGUUCUUUUUUCAGGGAAAUGUUUACAUUCUGGAACAUUCUUUUUAUAGAUACAGAGACCCAUCGGUAGUAUUGUAAUCAACAACGUUCCAAUAUCGAUCUGUUGUUCUUUCCUUUUGAGAAUGCUCGAUAUUCUAAAUAAAUUUGGGUUUGAUUUAUUGGAUUAUUGGUGAUAAAUGUGACCUGUUUUUAUAGAUGUUGUUGGUAGCGUUUGGUAGUAAUAAGCAUCAGUCUGAUUUAGGCUUUUGGGUAAAUAACACACCCUGUGUUUUUAAGAGCAUUCAGUGAAUUUAAGUGAAUUCUUGCUUUAGAGCUAAGUCCAAAAUAUUUCAAGUUUCUGGAAAUAGUCUGAGAAUUCCUCAUGGUAGAAGUUUUGAAAACACAGCAACUAUUAAAAAACCGACGCAUAAGAGUUCAACACCUGUCAAAAAGUCGUGUACUGUAAUAAGAUUUUUUACCCUUGUUUUGUAUUAAAAAGUAUACAUACUGUAGAAUCAUGAACAAAAAGAGCGGCUUACAAUCUCGCUGUCGACAAACAAUUCAUCUAAAAGAAUAUGAUAGCUGUUGGACACAUAGAAAUCUGCCCAGAAGAUAUGCUUUACACAUUUCUUGCAUAAACUUGCCUGAAUGUAAAAUUUUAGAUCGUCAAUAUUCAAAACAACAAUGUCGGCGAAAACAAGGUACUGAACUACAAACGCGUCUGCAUGGAAGCCAUUUAACUGAACUAAUUCCAGUGCAGUUUCAUUCCCUAAGUGACGCAACUACAUUAUCAGAAUUGAAAAAAGUAUUGAAUGUUAAAGGAAGAUAUUUAAAAACAUCCGAUUCUACAGCGGUUACUUGGUUUGAGUCAUCCAACAACAACGCCUUUUUACACAAAAACAAUCGAUUGACAACGUUGAAUCCAUACAACCUUCCAACCACGUGUUUAAAAACUAGAAUAAAUAGGAACCAUGCUAUACCUAGCGACAUACAUUGCAACGUGCCUGCCACCGCAGCUGCACCGUUGCAUUCAAUCUACAGUAAACUUGCAACAAAACCGGCUUCACGAAUAAAAUUAGACUGUCUUGAGGUUGUUCAACAACUAGACAUUACUCGGGAGUCUCUAUGUGAUCAUAAUAGACCGAACAGUACGCGUUUGCAUUUUAAGACAAAUAGUAUACAAACUAUAUUGAAAUAUUAUCAGAGCAACGGUAUUCUGUGGCACAUCAACUACAUACAGCGGUGCUUGUCAAUAGACCAAAAGAAACACAAUAUAUCUCUAGUAUCAGAUAUUGGACAAUUUAAAUAUCAAAAAAAUCAAAGCAGUAAUAUCUACCAGCAAGGUAAAACUCAAAAGGAAAAAAAUACCUCGAGUAUUAUGAACACAUUUUCGAUUGGAUUAAUAAACGAAGCAAAACGAGACAAGAUCAACACAUUAUUAGAUGAUUUUCAUCAAAUAAAACUGGAACCGAGUAAUGAUUCUGAGCCGUCACGUUGUGCGCCAAAAAUCAUUCUUACGGACUUUUCCAGCAAUAAUAUAGAUCGUAUAAAAAAUAGUGAACAAUAUGUAAAGAACAAAUUACUUGAAGACAAAUCGGAGACAAAUAAUAAUGAAUGUGUUCAAAAGGAUAGCCGUAAAAGAAAUGUGAACAACAAUAACAGUGAAGGACAUAAUUUUCUUUCGAUUCCUGGGUUAUAUUACAGCCGAAAAAGUGUAUCUAAAUCGAGCAUUUGUGAUUGCUACUGCAGUGAAGCUAGACCACCGUGACGUUGAAAAUUUUAACUUUGAAUACUUUGCGUAAGUAAGUGUAUCCAUAUGUGAUAAUAAAUGUGCGUAAAAUACUUCAUUCCCUCAGGAGAUCGUAUAGCAUG